GCUAGCGGCGGGCGACGGAGUGAGGCCCGGCGGACGUCAUGGACACUCAAAACAACAACAGCUGAUCCUGCUGUACCUAGUGACCACGACCAGCGUGUUGAGGGGGAGUGUUCACUGUGUCGUAUAAGUGAUCUAUUAUACUGCCACACCACUAUGGCAAGACAGCGUAGAACUAAAAUAUCCGCAGGGCAGCCGUCCUCGAGCGAACACAAUCACCAUGAUCUUGCUUUACUCGACGAUGCCCGUGCACUAUGCCGGUCAGAGCGCAUGAGCAGGGGAGACAGAAGACAGCGGCAGAGAUCUGGCAGCCACAGUUGGUGCCCUGCAUUGCUUUAUAUGAUCUGUGCAGGAGUUGUUAUACUUGCUGUUGCAUACUUUUUGUAUGUUGGAUACAUGGAAACUAGAAUCAAUACUCCUCUCUCAGCUCCAAAAGUGGUAACAAAGUCUGGUGUAGCUGUACCCGAGAGAUACUGGGGCACAUAUCGCCCAGGAGUCUACUUUGGCACAAGAAAUAGACACCCAACUUCAGUUGUCACCGGUCUGAUGUGGUUUGUGCCGGGACAUUUCCAGAAUAAUAUGCUGGCUCUUAGACACUGGUGUGAUCAAGGUGAUGACCUGUCUAAGUAUGGCUGGCAGGUGCAUGAUGGGCGCAAUAUAGGCAUACAGACCAUCACAGAUAAACAUAUUGUACUACAAACUAAAUUUGUGAAGAGGGCUGGUGGUCAGCAUGGAGGAGAUUGGUCAGCAAGGAUUAGUGUCCUUCCUAAGAGCAAAAAACAUGAGGGUGGACAGGCAUCUCUUCUAUACUAUGUAGCUUUGGACCCAGAUGAUGGAGAUUCAAUGUUACAACCUAUGGUUGGAACAAGUCAAUCAUUGGGCUCCCUUAGAGGAAUCUCAGACUCUGUUGGAGGCUUUCGUCUCAGUGUGCUCAAUGCCUCAGGAACUGUGCUCCAUCAACAUUUACUAAGUACUAAACACAUGGGACUUCAUAUGCUGAAAGAGACUGUGUACAAAGGUUUGAGAGUCUUCCAAGGAAAAAAUGAAAAGGAAAAGUACAUUGGACUUGCAGGAGAGAUGUUCAGUCAUGAGGAUACUGAUCGACAGCCCAACUUUGUGGUGUACCAGGUGACCGGGCUGGUGCCGUUUGACAUAGAAGUAGUUUAUGAAAGUGACAGUGUAAUAAGGAGACCAGGAAUGUUGAUGGGGGAAUCUUUAACCGAGGAGUUAAAUAGAUACGAGGAAAAGUUCUAUGCAGAUUUUGAAUCAAAGUUUUCUUUGGAAGCAAAGGGGUUUAGUGCUGAGGAAAUUGAUUUUGCAAGAGCUGCUUUAAGUAAUAUGAUUGGAGGCAUUGGGUACUUUUAUGGUGCUUCGAAGGUACUUGGGGAGUACAAUAGUGAUCCGGUUCCUUACUGGAAGGCACCACUGUACAGUGCCGUGCCCUCACGCAGUUUCUUUCCCCGGGGUUUCCUGUGGGAUGAAGGCUUCCAUAACCUACUUAUAUCUAAAUGGGAUCGAGAAAUAUCUCAAGACAUUUUAGCUCAUUGGUUUGACUUAAUGAACUGGGAUGGUUGGAUACCUCGAGAACAGAUUUUGGGCAUAGAAGCUCGUGCAAGAGUCCCUGAUGAGUUUGUUGUUCAACGAGGGAAAAAUGCUAAUCCACCCACCCUACUCCUCACUCUGCACUCCAUGAUGGCAGGCUUCAAGCAAGAACUGUCAGAUGAUGAUUAUGAGUAUCUCAGCCACCUUUGGCCUCGACUAAGAGCUUGGUACAACUGGUUUAACAUGACUCAGGUAGGAGAUAUACCAGGGACAUACAGAUGGCGUGGUCGAGAUCCACGAGCAGUGAGAGAACUGAAUCCAAAAACUCUGACGUCAGGUCUCGAUGAUUACCCUCGAGCAUCUCACCCAACAGCUGAUGAAAGGCACUUGGACCUCAGGUGCUGGAUGACUUUAGCCUCGGGGCUUAUGGCUGAUAUUGCAAGACUUAUAGAAAAAGAUCCUAGCCGAUUCAAUGACGCAUACAAAUAUCUCUCGGAUAACAAUGUCCUCGAUGCAUUACAUUGGUCUUAUGCUGCUAAUGGGUACAUGGACUAUGGCCUUCACACAUAUGACUUAGAACUGAAACGAUUGACACCCAAUUCUGAAAUGAGACGUGUUGUUCACUCGGAUGCAAAGUUAAUGUUUGUAGACUCCUUUGGUUAUGUGAGUUUCUUUCCUUUCUUCCUACAAAUCAUAGAUCCGUACUCAGCCAAACUAGGGAAGGUUCUUGAUGAUCUUAGACGGCCAGAUCUCCUUUGGACUCCGUAUGGUCUACGCUCCUUAGCCAAGAAUUCACCCUUAUACAACAAACGCAACACUGAGCACGAUCCACCAUAUUGGCGGGGUGCUAUUUGGAUCAACAUGAAUUAUUUGGCUGUGCGAGCUCUUCACUUUUACAGCAGUACAGAUGGACCUCACCGGGAACUCGCUAAAGAGAUAUACACAGAUCUUCGGCAGAAUGUCAUCAAAAUUGUUUUACGAGAAUACAAAAGAACGGGUUAUUUAUGGGAACACUAUAAUGACAAAACUGGACGCGGGGAAGGAUGUAGGCCAUUUACCGGAUGGACAGCUCUUGUGGUACUAAUGAUGGGAGAAACUUUUUGAAUUUUGAUUAUUAAAUAAUACUGUACUUGUUACUAUGUUAAAUUACAUUGUUGCUCUGAUUAAACAUGGAUGUUAUCUGAUUUCAUAAUCUUAAUCGGCCAUUUUGGAUGAACUCUUCAUGCAAUUUAAUGCAGUUAGUGAUGCUUGUAUGUUGAGAUAUCUUGAAGUUCCCAUUGUCAAGAAUUGAGCGGUAGUUUGCACUUAGAUUGUUAGUGAAUUAUAAUUCAAUUCAGUACAAUCUUCCUUCCAAGGAUGUUGAAGAAAUCUUCCAGAAGUAUAAGCAGGAAAGUUGGCAGGGAGUUGGACAGACUGUACAGGAGUGACCAGCUAUGCACUUACUUUUCAUAACAAGACUUGAAUACGUAUACUGUAUUUAAGUUUAUAGUUUUAUUUGAACUCCAUUCAGAAGUGUUUCUGAUCUAGUAUGAGGCAACAGACUACAUUAAGCCUGAACUGUGGAAACUCACUUAACAAUUCUCAGCCUUUGUGUCCAUUUAGUUGUAGGUGAACCUCUGACAUUAAAUCAAUUUCAGUGUUAGAUACUGUGUAAAUGCUUAGUUUGCUGGCUAUGGUCAGUGUUUUUAAAAAUUGUUUUUCAAUGGAAAUCAAGCAUUUUAAUUAGCACAAACAACCUGGGUUAUCACACUAUGAAUUUGGCCUUUAUUCCUUGUUUUUAGAAGUUGUUGCAGUAACCAUCUAAUGUUUCACAGCACUAUUCUGUACUGUACCUUGGAACUCUGAGUAUUGCAGAUGUUGUAUUAUAGCAGAAUCCAAACUCUGAAA